UCGCAUCCUUCAUCCCGCGCCCUGCAGUCUGUCUGUCUGUCAGUCUGUCUGUCUGCGCCAUGGCGGGCGCGGGCGCGGGCGACGACGUGCGGAAACUCUUCAUCUUCGCCACCACCCAGAACUACUUCGGCCUGCUGGCCCAGCCCUGGGACUCCCCGCGCCCCCGCAGCCACCCCGAAGUCGACAACUUUCUGGACGAUGGCAACCAGAUGCUGCUACGGGUCCUGCAGGACCACCACGGACUCACCUUCUCCAACUCGAUUGAUUUUGGUGACACAAAGGACAAAGUGCUGGUGUUCUUCAAGCUGCGGCCAGAAGUUAUUACGGAUCAGAACCUGCACACCAACAUUCUUGUUUCGUCCAUGCUGGACUCCCCUGUCACUUCUCUUUACCAAGCAGUGCGGCACGUAUUUGCACCGAUGCUACUGAAGGACCAAGAGUGGAGCAGAAACUUUGAUCCCAAACUUCAGAAUCUUUUGAGUGAACUAGAAGCUGGGUUGGGGAUAGUCUUAAGACGAUCAGACACGAACUUAUCAAAAUUGAAAUUCAAAGAAGAUGAAAUAAGAGGUAUUCUUACUCCAAAUGAUGAAUUCCAGUUUUGGAUAGAACAAGCUCAUCGUGGAAAUACACAGAUCAGCAAAGAAAGAGCCAGCUACUUUAAAGAGUUGUUUGAAACAAUCGCAAGAGACUUUUAUGCCCUGGAUGGUCUCUCCUUGCUGGAGGUAGUGGACUUGGUGGAGACGACUCGGGAUGUCGUGGAUGAUGUGUGGAGGCAGACAGAGCAUGACCACUACCCAGAGUCACGGAUGCUACAUCUUUUAGACAUCAUAGGUGGUUCAUUUGGAAGAGCUGUUCAGAAAAAGUUGGGAACCUUGAAACUUUGGGAAGAGCCUUACUAUAUUGUGAAAGAAAGCCUGAAAUCUGGUAUUUCAAUCUGUGAGCAGUGGGUGGUGGUCUGUACUCACCUAACGGGCCAGGUGUGGCCGCGCUUUGUUCCUCAUCCGUGGAAAAAUGACAAAUAUUUCCCUGAGACACUCGACAAACUUGGUAAACGUCUCGAAGAGGUCUUGGCUAUUAGAACCAUUCACGAGAAACUUCUCUAUUUUAUACCUGCCAGUGAAGAGAAAAUGAUAUGCCUGACUCGAGUAUUUGAGCCUUUUACUGGCCUGAAUCCUGUGCAAUAUAACCCCUACACUGAGCCAUUAUGGAAAGCCGCAGUGUCUCAGUAUGAAAAAAUUAUCGCCCCUGCGGAACAAAAAAUAGCAGGAAAAUUGAAAAAUUAUAUUUCAGAAAUUCAAGAUAGUCCACAGCAGCUUCUUCAAGCAUUUCUGAAAUAUAAGGAACUGGUGAAGCGCCCGACUAUAAGCAAAGAAUUGAUGUUAGAAAGAGAAACUUUGCUGGCAAGACUUGUGGAUUCAGUUAGAGAUUUUCGGUCGGACUUUGAGACUCGAUGCCGAGGAACUCCUGGGGAUGCAUGCGGUCCUCUUUCUGGCAGAAACCUUUCAGAAGUCGUCAAUAAUAUAGUUUGGGUUCGUCAGUUGGAGUUAAAGGUGGAUGAUGCUAUUAAGAUUGCAGAAGCUCUUUUAUCUGACUUGUCAGGAUUUCGAUCCUUCCAUCGAAGUGCAGAUGAUCUCUUAGACCAGUUUAGGCUGUAUGAGCAGGAACAGUUUGACGACUGGUCCAGGGAAAUUCAGUCUGGCUUGUCUGAUUCCAGAUCUGGCUUGUGUAUUGAGGCUAGUAGUCAAAUUAUGGAACUGGAUCCCCGUGAUGGCUCGUUGAGGUGGGUGCAUUAUUCAGAUCGACUGGUGAUUCUCCUUCGAGAAGUUCGCCAGCUCUCUGCUCUCGGCUUCGUUAUUCCUGCCAAAAUACAGCAAGUUGCAAACAUAGCACAGAAAUUCUGCAAGCAAGCAAUUAUUCUUAAACAAGUGGCACAUUUUUACAAUUCUAUUGAUCAACAAAUGAUUCAAAGUCAGAGACCAAUGAUGUUACAAUCUGCCUUAGCAUUUGAACAAAUAAUUAAGAAUUCAAAAUCAGGAAGUGGGGAAAAGUCACAGAUUACAUGGGAUAAUCCCAAGGAAUUAGAACGCUACAUUGAAAAACUCCAGAAUGCUGCUGAACGACUUGCUACUGAAAACAGAAAACUGAGAAAAUGGCAUAUGACAUUUUGCGAAAAGGUGGUAGUUCUUAUGAAUAUCGACCUGCUUCGGCAGCAGCAGCGUUGGAAAGACGGAUUACAAGAAUUAAGAACCGGCUUAGCAAGUGUAGAAGCUCAGGGAUUCCAGGCAAGCGACAUGCAUGCAUGGAAACAGCAUUGGAACCAUCAGCUGUACAAGGCCUUGGAACAUCAGUACCAGAUGGGCUUGGAAGCCCUCAACGAGAACCUGCCUGAGAUCAACAUUGACUUAACAUUCAAGCAAGGACGAUUGCAGUUCAGGCCUCCUUUUGAAGAGAUCCGCGCAAAAUAUUACAGAGAAAUGAAGAGGUUCAUCGCUAUUCCGAAUCAGUUCAAGGGAGUUGGGGAGCCCGGGGAUGAGGCUAUCUUUUCUGUUAUGAUUGAUAGAAAUGCAAGUGGAUUUCUGACUAUUUUCAGCAAGGCAGAAGAUCUAUUUAGGAGAUUGUCAGCUGUUUUACACCAACAUAAGGAAUGGGUUGUAAUUGGGCAAGUCGAUAUGGAAGCCCUAGUGGAAAAGAAUCUUUCUACCGUGCAUGAUUGGGAGAAAAAUUUUAAGGCACUGAAAAUCAAAGGGAAAGAAGUAGAACGACUCCCAAGUGCUGUAAAAGUAGAUUGUUUAAAUAUUAAUUGCAGCCCUGUAAAGACUGUGAUUGAUGAUCUCAUCCAGAAAUUAUUUGAUAUGCUUAUUCUUUCUUUGAAGAAGUCUGUCCAAGCUCAUUUACAUGAAAUUGAUACAUUUGUCACUGAGGCUAUGGACGUCUUAACAGUUAUGCCUCAGUCUGUGGAGGAGAUAGGGGACGCAAAUUUACAAUACAGUAAGCUACAGGAACAGAAACCAAAGGUGAGAAUCACAGAAUUUGGGCCCUUAUUUCAAGAAGCUGAAGAUAAAAACAGACUUUUACGCACUGUGGCGGGUGGAGGUUGAACAAUUAGUAAUCUGAAAGCUAAGUGGGAUAAAUUCGAGUUGAUGAUGGAGAGUAACCAGCUUAUGAUUAAAGAUCAGAUUGAAGUAAUGAAAGGAAAUGUGAAAUCACGUCUUCAGAUAUAUUUUCAAGAAUUGGAAAAAUUUAAAGCUCGUUGGGAUCAGCUAAAGCCUGGUGAUGAUGUUAUUGAAAUUGGACAACAAAAUACUCUUGAUAAAAGCGCAAAGCUAAUAAAAGAGAAAAAAAAUGAGUUUGACGAUCUUGAAGUCAUUAGAAAAAAGCUGGUGGAGGAUUGCCACCAUUUUGGACUAGAGGAGCCGAGCUUCACCCUGGCCUAUGUCAUCUCUAAAGACAUUGAGAGCUGUGCGCAGGUGUGGGCCCUCUAUGAAGAAUUUCAGCAAGGCCUGCAGGACCUCGCCAACCAAGACUGGAUUACUUUCCGGACCAAGAUAUAUUUGUUUGAGGAAUUUUUGAUGGCUUGGCAUGACCGAUUAAGGAAGGUUGAAGAACAUUCUGUAAUGACAGUAAAAUUGCAAUCAGAAGUUGACAAAUACAAGGUUGUCAUUCCUGUCUUGAAAUAUGUGAGAGGGGAGCAACUGUCUCCAGAUCACUGGCUGGACCUUUUUCGCAUCCUCGGCCUUCCUCGAGGGACAAGUUUAGAGAAACUGCUGUUUGUUGACUUGCUCAGAGUGGCUGAUACCAUUGUUGACAAAGCCACAGACCUGAAGGAUUUAAACAGUCGGGCACAGGGCGAAGUUACAAUAAGAGAAGCUUUGCGUGAACUUGAUCUUUGGGGAGUGGGAGCUGUUUUUACGUUGGUUGAUUACGAAGACAGCCAGAGUCGAAAGAUCAAGCUAAUUAAAGACUGGAAAGAUAUCGUCAAUCAAGUUGGAGACAAUAGAUGCCUUCUUCAGUCCUUAAAGGAUUCUCCUUAUUAUAAAGGAUUUGAAGAUAAAGUGUCAAUUUGGGAAAGAAAACUUGCCGAGUUAGAUGAAUACCUCCAGAACUUAAACCAUAUUCAGAGGAAAUGGGUCUAUUUGGAACCCAUUUUUGGCCGUGGAGCAUUGCCCAAAGAACAGACACGCUUCAACAAAGUUGAUGAAGAUUUUAGAUCAAUAAUGACUGACAUUAAGAAAGACAACAGAGUAACAACGCUUACUACUCAUGCAGGAAUCAGAAAUUCUUUACUCACAAUCCUUGAUCAGCUUCAGAGAUGUCAAAAAUCACUAAAUGAAUUUUUGCAGGAAAAGCGCUCAGCCUUUCCAAGAUUUUAUUUCAUUGGUGAUGAUGACUUGCUAGAGAUCCUGGGCCAGUCUACUAACCCAUUAGUGAUCCAGUCUCACCUUAAGAAACUGUUUGCAGGUAUUAACAGUGUGUGCUUUGAUGAGGAAUCAAAACAUAUAAUUGCUAUGAAGUCUUUAGAGGGAGAGGUUGUACCUUUUAAAAACAAAGUUCUUCUAUCAAAUAAUGUAGAGACUUGGUUAAACGAUUUAGCGUCGGAAAUGAAGCAGACUUUGAAGCAGUUGUUGACAGAAUGCGUUACAGCUGGGCGAAGUUCUCAAGGUGCAAUUGACCCAUCUCUGUUCCCUUCCCAGAUCUUGUGCUUGGCAGAACAGAUUAAAUUCACCGAAGAUGUAGAAAAUGCUAUUAAAGAUCAUAGCCUUCAUCAGAUCGAAACUGAACUGGUGAAUAAGUUAGAGCACUACACCAACAUUGACACGAGUUCUGAGGACCCUGGGAAUACUGAAUCUGGGAUUCUGGAGCUUAAACUUAAAGCACUUAUUCUUGAUAUUAUUCAUAAUAUUGAUGUGGUAAAGCAGUUAAACAAGAUUCAAGUUCAUACAAUUGAAGACUGGGCUUGGAAAAAACAAGUUAGAUUCUACAUGAAAAGUGACCAUACAUGUUAUGUUCAAAUGGUGGAUUCUGAACUUCAAUAUACUUAUGAAUAUCAGGGUAAUGCUCCCAAGCUGGUUUACACUCCUCUGACGGACAAGUGCUACCUGACCCUCACGCAGGCCAUGAAGAUGGGACUGGGAGGAAACCCCUAUGGGCCUGCAGGCACCGGGAAGACCGAGUCAGUCAAGGCCCUGGGUGGACUUCUUGGAAGACAAGUUUUAGUGUUUAAUUGUGAUGAGGGCAUCGAUGUGAAGUCGAUGGGACGGAUAUUUGUUGGCUUGGUGAAAUGUGGUGCAUGGGGCUGUUUUGAUGAAUUCAACAGACUGGAAGAAUCUGUUCUGUCAGCAGUUUCAAUGCAAAUCCAGACAAUUCAAGAUGCUUUGAAGACUCAUAAGACUGUGUGUGAACUCCUAGGCCAGGAGGUAGAAAUAAAUUCUAACUCUGGAAUUUUUAUUACUAUGAAUCCUGCUGGGAAAGGUUAUGGAGGAAGACAAAAACUGCCUGAUAAUCUUAAGCAACUUUUCAGGCCAGUAGCUAUGUCUCAUCCAGAUAAUGAGCUUAUUGCAGAAGUAAUUCUCUAUUCAGAAGGCUUUAAGGAGGCUAAAGUAUUGGGCAGAAAAUUAGUGGCUAUCUUCAAUCUAUCAAGAGAACUUUUGACUCCACAGCAACAUUAUGAUUGGGGUUUGAGAGCACUGAAAACUGUUUUGAGGGGAAGUGGAAAUCUUCUGAGACAGUUGAAGAAAACUGCUUUUAACGAAAAAGUUAAUGAAAGUCACAUUGUGGUCCAAGCAUUGAGGCUAAAUACAAUGUCCAAGUUCACAUUUGCUGAUUGCUCUCGGUUUGACGCACUGAUCAAAGAUGUGUUUCCUGGAAUUGACUUUAAAGAAGUGGAAUAUGAGGAACUGAGCGCUGCAUUAAAGCAAGUCUUUGAGGAGGCCAACUAUGAAAUCAUUCCCAAUCAGAUUAAGAAGGCUCUAGAACUGUACGAACAGCUAUGUCAGAGGAUGGGCGUCGUAAUUGUUGGCCCAAGUGGUGCUGGAAAAUCGACUCUGUGGAGAAUGUUAAGGGCAGCCCUUUGUAAGAUUGGCAGAGUAGUAAAACAAUACACCAUGAACCCGAAAGCGAUGCCCAGACAACAGUUACUAGGCCAUAUUGACAUGGACACCAGGGAGUGGUCUGAUGGCGUUUUGACGAAUAGUGCUCGGCAAGUCGUUCGAGAACCGCAAGAUGUGACCUCAUGGAUAAUCUGCGAUGGUGACAUUGACCCUGAGUGGAUCGAGUCUCUGAAUUCUGUGCUCGAUGAUAACCGACUGCUCACUAUGCCGAGUGGGGAAAGGAUUCAGUUUGGUCCAAACGUGAACUUUGUAUUUGAAACUCAUGAUUUAAGUUGCGCCUCGCCAGCCACGAUAUCUAGAAUGGGAAUGAUCUUUCUUAGUGAUGAAGAGACAGAUCUGAACUCUUUGAUAAAAUCCUGGUUGAGGAACGAGCCUGCUGAAUACAGGCAGAAUCUUGAAAACUGGAUUGGAGAUUAUUUUGAAAAGGCUUUACAGUGGGUUCUAAAGCAGAAUGACUAUGUUGUAGAAACAAGUUUGGUUGGGACAGUGAUGAAUGGUUUAUCACAUCUACAUGGAUGUAAAGACCAUGACCAAUUUAUUAUUAAUCUCAUAAGAGGACUCAGUGGAAAUUUGAACAUGAAAUCACGUCUGGAGUUCACCAAAGAGGUUUUUAACUGGGCACGAGAAUCUCCUCCUGACCCUCAUAAACCAUUGGACACCUUCUAUGAUCCCAGUCGAGGGCGGCUGGCCUCUUACGUGUUGAAGAAGCCGGAAAACUUGACUGCAGACGAUUUCAGUAACAGCCAAACUCUGCCAGUUAUCCAGACCCCUGACAUGCAGCGAGGCCUAGACUAUGUCAAGCCUUGGCUCAGAGCUGACACUAAGCAGCCCUUUAUCCUUGUUGGCCCAGAAGGAUGUGGCAAAGGGAUGCUGCUCCGGUUCGCCUUUUCCCAGCUCCGCUCCACCCAGAUUGCCACGGUGCACUGCAGCGCGCAGACCACGUCGAGGCACCUGCUCCAGAAGCUGAGCCAGACCUGCAUGGUCAUCAGCACCAACACGGGCCGUGUGUACCGGCCCAAGGACUGCGAGCGACUCGUUCUCUACUUAAAGGACAUCAACCUCCCCAAGCUUGAUAAGUGGGGGACCAGCACAUUGGUAGCAUUCCUGCAGCAGGUAUUGACAUACCAAGGAUUUUAUGAUGAAAAUUUGGAAUGGGUUGGUUUAGAAAAUAUUCAGAUCGUGGCUUCCAUGUCAGCCGGAGGGAGAUUGGGAAGACAUAAACUCACCACGCGAUUCACCUCUAUUGUUCGUCUUUGUGCUGUAGACUAUCCAGAAAGAGAACAAUUACAGACAAUCUAUGGAGCAUAUUUGGAGCCUGUUUUACAUAAAAAUCUGAAGAAUCAUCCUAUUUGGGGUUCUACAUCAAAGAUUCAUCUCCUAGCAGGAUCUAUGGUACAGGUGUAUGAACAGGUGCGGGCCAAAUUUACAGUUGAUGACUAUAGUCACUAUUUCUUUACUCCUUGCAUUCUUACCCAGUGGGUUCUUGGCUUAUUCAGAUAUGAUUUAGAAGGAGGAUCUUCAAACCACCCACUAGAUAAUGUGUUAGAGAUUGUGGCAUAUGAAGCAAAGCGCUUAUUUCGUGACAAAAUUGUUGGUGCAAAGGAAAUUCAUUUGUUUGACAGCAUUUUAAUUUCAGUAUUUCAAGGAGACUGGGGCUCAGACAUACUAGACAAUAUGGCAGACAGUUUUUAUGUUACGUGGGGAGCCCAGCAUAACCCAGCCACUCGGGCAGUCCCAGGUCAGCCACUGCCACCUCAUGGAAAACCACUUGGAAAAUUGAAUUCUGCAGAUCUCAAGGAUGUCAUCAAAAAGGGCCUCAUUCAUUAUGGACGAGAUAACCAGACUUUAGAUAUUUUGCUCUUCCAAGAAGUCCUGGAGUACAUGUCUCGGAUCGAUCGCGUUCUGAGCUUCCCCGGAGGCUCCCUUCUGCUGGCCGGGCGCAGCGGUGUGGGCCGCCGCACACUCACCUCACUGGUGAGCCACAUGCACGGAGCCGCGCUGUUCUCGCCCAAGGUGUCCCGCGGCUACGAGCUGAAGCAGUUCAAGACUGACCUGAAAAGCGUGCUGCAUCUGGCAGGCAUUGAAGCCCAGCAGGUGGUUUUCCUGCUGGAGGAUCACCAGUUCGUUCAUCCUGCAUUUUUGGAAAUGAUCAACAGCCUUCUGUCUUCAGGUGAGGUCCCGGGGCUGUAUACGCUGGAGGAGUUGGAGCCCCUGCUGUCGCCUCUCAAAGAUCAGGCAUCACAGGACGGCUUCUUUGGGCCUGUCUUCAACUACUUCACCUACAGAAUUCAACAAAACUUGCAUAUUGUGUUGAUAAUGGACUCUGCAAAUUUAAACUUCAUAAUCAACUGUGAGAGUAAUCCUGCUUUGAACAAGAAGUGCCAGGUGCUGUGGAUGGAGGGUUGGUCAGAUAGUAGUAUGAAGAAGAUACCUGAAAUGUUACUUACUGAAGCAAACAGUGAAGAAAAAUAUAACAGCAAAAAGAAAAAGGAAGACAAGAGAAAAGUUUCAGCUGAUCCUGAUUUUCUGAAGUCGUUUUUAUUGAUCCAUAAAUCUUGUAAGGCAUAUGGUGCCACACCAAGUCGAUAUAUGACAUUUUUACAUGUGUAUUCUGCCAUUAGUAGCAGCAAGAAGAAGGAAUUAUUAAAAAGGCAAAGUCACUUACAGGCAGGUGUAUCCAAACUAAAUGAAGCUAAAGCUCUAGUGGAUGAACUGAACAGAAAAGCUGGAGAACAAAGUGUGUUGCUGAAGACUAAGCAAGAUGAAGCAGAUGCGGCCCUUCAAGAGAUCACAGUAUCCAUGCAGGAUGCAAGUGAGCAAAAGACAGAACUUGAAAGGCUAAAGCACAAAAUAGCCGAAGAAGUUGUUAAAAUUGAAGAAAGGAAGAGCAAAAUUGAUGAUGAAUUAAGAGAAGUACAUCCCCUGGUCAAUGAAGCUAAGCUAGCAGUUGGAAACAUUAAGCCAGAGUCUCUCUCUGAGAUUCGCUCCCUGCGGAUGCCUCCCGAUGUCAUCAGGGACAUUCUGGAAGGCGUCCUGAGGCUUAUGGGCAUCUUUGAUACCUCAUGGGUGAGCAUGAAGAGUUUCCUUGCCAAAAGAGGUGUUCGGGAAGACAUAGCAACCUUUGAUGCACGAAAUAUUCCCAGAGAAAUACGAGAAAGUGUUGAAGAGCUUCUUUAUAAAAACAAGGGAUCUUUUGACCCAAAGAACGCCAAGCGCGCCAGCACUGCAGCUGCUCCAUUGGCUGCCUGGGUCAAGGCCAAUGUCCAGUAUUCGCAUGUCUUGGAACGGAUUCAGCCUCUGGAAACUGAACAGGCAGGAUUAGAAUUGAAUUUGAAGAAAACUGAAGAUAGAAAAAGGAAAUUAGAGGAGCUUCUUAAUUCUGUGGGCCAAAAAGUAUCAGAACUCAAGGAGAAAUUUCAGAGCAGGACUUCAGAGGCAGCCAAACUCGAGGCGGAAGUGAGCAAAGCGCAGGAGACCAUCAGGGCCGCAGACGUCCUGAUUAACCAGCUCGACCAAGAGCACAAGCGAUGGAAGGCACAGGUGGCAGAGAUCACCGAGGAGUUAGCGACGCUACCUAAAAGAGCCCAAUUGGCUGCUGCAUUUAUCACUUAUCUUUCUGCCGCCAAUGAGGGGCUGAGGAAGUCCUGCUUGGAAGAGUGGACCAAGUCAGCUGGGCUGGAAAAGUUUGACCUGAGGCGAUUUCUAUGUACUGAAAGUGAGCAGUUAAUCUGGAAAAGUGAAGGCCUUCCGUCUGAUGACCUGUCCAUAGAAAAUGCUAUUGUCAUCUUACAGAUCAUUGGUUUGAAAUCCUGGAGUCGUGUAUGCCCGUUUCUCAUAGACCCUUCAUCCCAAGCUACCGAAUGGCUCAAGGCACAUCUGAAGGACUCGCGCCUGGAAGUGAUCAAUCAGCAGGACAGUAACUUUAUCACUGCUCUGGAGCUGGCAGUGCGCUUUGGGAAAACCCUGAUUAUCCAGGAGAUGGAUGGGGUAGAACCUGUGCUUUAUCCGUUGCUGAGACGGGAUCUUGUUGCUCAAGGACCACGUUUUGUAGUACAAAUAGGUGACAAAACUAUUGACUACAAUGAAGAAUUUCGACUUUUUCUGUCAACAAGAAACCCAAACCCUUUUAUUCCACCGGAUGCAGCUUCCAUUGUGACGGAGGUAAAUUUUACGACAACAAGAGGAGGAUUGCGAGGACAGCUUUUGGCUUUAACUAUUCAGCAUGAAAAGCCUGAUUUAGAGGAACAGAAAACAAAACUAUUGCAGCAUGAAGAAGAUAAGAAAAUACAGUUGGCCAAGCUGGAAGAAUCUCUUUUAGAGACACUUGCUACUUCUCAAGGAAAUAUUUUGGAGAAUAAAGAUUUGAUUGAAUCUUUGAAUCAGACAAAAGCAAGCAGUGCGGUCAUUCAGGAUUCACUUCAAGAGUCUUACAAGCUCCAGCUUUCCCUAGAUCAAGAGCGUGAUGCCUACCUGCCCCUGGCCGAGAGUGCCAGCAAGAUGUACUUUAUCAUCUCCGACCUGUCCAAAAUCAACAAUAUGUACCGCUUCAGCCUGGCCUCAUUUCUCCGUCUUUUCCAGAGAGCUCUGCACUAUAAACAGGAAUCUGAAAACACAGAACAGAGGAUACAAUCUCUUAUUAACUCUUUGAAACAUAUGGUAUAUGAAUAUAUAUGCCGUUGUCUAUUUAAGGCUGACCAAUUGAUGUUUGCAUUGCAUUUCGUUCGAGGCAUGCACCCUGAACUUUUUCAAGAAAAUGAGUGGGAUACUUUCACAGGUGUGGUUGUUGGGAACAUGUUGAGGAAAUCUGACACCCAGCAAAGAAUCCGUGACCAGCUUCCGUCUUGGAUUGACUCUGAAAGAAGCUGGGCUGUGGCCACAUUGAAGGUGGCUCUCCCCAAUCUCUAUCAGACCCUGUGCUUUGAAGAUGUAGCCCUAUGGCGCCCUUUUUAUCACCAUUCGUCAUGUGAGCAAGAGUUCCCCACCAUUCUUGCCAAGAAAGUCUCCUUAUUUCAGCAGGUCCUGGUGGUGCAGGCCCUGCGGCCAGACCGCCUGCAGAGCGCCAUGGCCCUGUUCGCCUGCAGGACUCUGGGACUGAAAGAGUUGUCCCCUCCUCCUUUAAAUCUCAAACGCCUGUACAGAGAGACACUCGACAUCGAGCCCAUCUUAAUCAUUAUUUCCCCGGGUGCGGAUCCUUCACAGGAACUUCAAGAGCUUGCGAAUGCGGAGCGGAGUGGGGAGUGUUACCAUCAGGUUGCAAUGGGUCAGGGCCAAGCUGAUCUAGCGAUUCAGAUGUUAAAAGAAUGUGCCCACAAUGGAGAUUGGCUCUGUUUGAAGAACUUACAUCUGGUGGUGUCUUGGCUGCCAGUUCUGGAAAAGGAAUUGAACACCCUUCAACCUAAAGAUACCUUUCGACUCUGGCUUACUGCAGAAGUUCAUCCAAACUUUACUCCUAUUUUAUUACAGACCAGUUUGAAGAUAACAUAUGAGUCACCUCCAGGUUUGAAGAAGAAUUUAAUGCGAACUUAUGAAUCUUGGACUCCUGAGCAAAUAAACAAAAAAGAUAAUAUCCACCGAGCUCAUGCGCUCUUCAGUUUUGCAUGGUUUCAUGCUGCAUGCCAAGAAAGAAGAAACUAUAUCCCCCAGGGCUGGACUAAGUUUUAUGAAUUUUCCUUAUCAGAUCUUCGAGCUGGAUACAACAUUAUUGACCGGCUCUUUGAUGGUUCCAAAGAUGUUCAGUGGGAAUUUCUACACGGUUUACUUGAAAAUGCUAUUUAUGGCGGACGUAUAGAUAAUUAUUUUGACCUUAGGGUUCUUCAGUCAUACCUUAAACAGUUUUUUAAUUCUUCAGUGAUUGAUACAUUAAACCGAAAGAACAAAAAAGGUGUUUUUCACUAUUCCGUAUCACUACCUAAUUCCUGCAGCAUUUUGGACUAUCGUGCUGUUAUCGAAACCCUCCCGGAAGAUGAUAAACCCAGUUUCUUCGGCCUGCCUGCCAACAUUGCUCGCUCGUCUCAGUGCAUGAUCAGUUCUCAGGUUAUUUCCAAGUUGAGAAUCUUGGGAAGAUCUGUAACAUCUGGUUGCAAAUUUGAUCGAGAAAUCUGGUCUAAUGAACUUUCUCCUGUCCUUAAUCUCUGGAAGAAAUUAAACCAGAAUUCCAACCUGAUUCAUCAGAAAGUGUCUCCUCCAAAUGACCGGCAAGGAUCUCCAAUACUGUCAUUCAUCAUUCUCGAACAAUUUAAUGCCAUUCGCUUGGUACAGAGUGUCCACCAGUCUCUUGCUGCUCUCAGCAAAGUCAUCAGAGGAACAACCUUAUUGAGUUCAGAAGUGCAGAAACUGGCAAGUGCUUUAUUAAACCAGAAGUGUCCCCUCACCUGGCAGAGCAAGUGGGAAGGCCCUGAGGAUCCCCUGCAGUACCUCCGGGGCCUAGUGGCCCGGACAAUGGCAAUUCAGAAUUGGGUGGAGAGAGCUGAGAAGCAGGUUCUCCUCUCAGAAACGCUGGACCUGUCAGAACUCUUCCACCCAGACACCUUCCUCAAUGCUCUGCGCCAGGAGACCGCCAGGGCGAUGGGCUGUUCUGUGGAUAGUCUCAAGUUUGUAGCUUCCUGGAAAGGUCGACUACAAGAAGCAAAGCUGCAAAUUAAGAUCAGUGGCUUAAUCCUGGAAGGCUGCAGCUUCGACGGAAACCGGCUGUGUGAAAACCAGCUGGAUUCUCCUAGCAUGUCCCUGGUCCUCCCGUGUUUCAUGGCCUGGAUUCCACAGGUAAGGAAGAGCUUCAGCAAUACUUCAGUGCAUGGCAAAGGGAGGAUUUCAUCCCUUCCAUAAAAUACCCCUGAAUUCUGUUACAUUUCUAUUA